CAAAACGGCUUGAAAAGAUCAACAAAUUUCUUCCGAUAAGGAAGAAUAGAAAAUAUACUUAAUUUGGUGGAAAAGCCGAACACUUUAUCUCAAAAGGCACUGAUGAAUCUGGGAUAAUGAGAAAACCGCGUCUCGUGUUGGUUGCGGUUGUUAUACUUGUGAUUUUUAUUUCCGAAGUUCCUGCUAAAUCGAGCGUAAAAGCAGGAAAGCAAAGAUCACAUAUUAAAAAUAAUGGGAAAAGCAUAUUAAAAAAUACAAUAAAAGGAAAGAAGGCAGGCAAUACCAAUGAGACUAAGCGACAAUUUAUAAACAGACCGAAAAUACGAUAUUUUGAAAACAGGCCUUAUAUAUGGAUGAAACCGUCGCCACUGACGCAAAGAACUAUAGUCACAACUCAUAUACCGCGGCCGCCAUUAGCUUUGCCUUAUUCUUCACGUAUUAUGCGAUUGCUUGCAAAUAGGUAUCCAUCUUUAUAUGGAAGACAGAUGCUUCCUCAGGGAUUCGGGGGGUAUGGUGGAAUGUCUCAGGGAUCGUUGUUCGGACACGGAAUGCAUGCUGAUGGCUUAGAUGGAACGCAAGGACCGCAUGAAUUUGGUGAUGAAGACGGCGAUGGUAAGUUAUAGACGGUUUGAGGAGUAUAUCGUGUGUGGCUGUGCUGAAAUGAAAUAUACGUCGAUAAGAAUUAUUGACAGACAGAUUAUUGAUUGUAGUCCAUCCACACCUUAUCUAUUUUCAAGCCCCCUGUGCAAAUUUAAGGAGGCUCAAACCACUGAGUACUUAUAUACAGAGGUCUCACUUCAGCGGGAAAACCGUAAGGUAGUUUUUACAAAAAUAGAUGGCGGCCAUGUUCUUAGCAAGUGCCCUAAAGAGAGGCAUUCACCCCCCUGGAACAUUAAAUUUCAAUAUGUUUUCAGGGGGGUUGUUACAGAUCUGCAAACAAGUUGUAACAAGUUUGUUGUCAAGCCGAUACCAGGAUAUGUUCGCACAGCUUGUUCCCAGUUGUUGUGACAAGUCUGGAACAAGUUGUUAUCACUUUGUCACAAGGUUGAUGAUGAUAACAGACUUGCUACAAGUUGUUCCAACAAGACUAAUACUAACUGUUCGUAACAUGUUGCUGCGAGCUUGUUGUCAUGAACUCGUUAAGAACGUACUUGUCACGUGCUGAUGAUACGGGAUUUGUUGGAACAACCUCUUGCGAGUCUGUUGGCCUCACCAACCUUGUUACAAGAUGAUAACAACUUGUUCCAGACUUGUCAACAACAGGGAACAAGCAGUGGGAAUGCAUGUUGUUGAUGAGCUGAGAUUGUUACGCGUGUAAAAGGGGCCUUGCUGAUGCAGGACUGAAAAGGCUAUUGAAUUUUGUAGAAAGGAAACGAAUUUUUCAGCUGGUUUGAUAAUCAUCAAACUUUUUUAACAACAUGUCUUUCUCAGAAUCUCGUAUAUUUCAUAGAACAUUGUGAGCCCAACCCCUGCCAAAACGGAGGGACUUGUAACGAAAUCAAAGAGGGAUACGAAUGCAUCUGUUCCGCAGGAUUUAAAGGAUCUGAUUGUGAAGGUAAGAUAAUAUACAAGUAACAAUGUAGCAACAGGAAAACAGUUCAAAACUAGUGAUGGGCAAUACUAUCGAAAAAGUAUCGAAAUCAUCGAUACUCACAAAAGUAUUGGUAACUCGAUACCACUUGAGCCAGCAAUGUUUUUUGUCAGUAUUCCUGACCAAUCGCUUGAUACUUCAUGAAGGCAACAGACUGAAGGCAAAAAAUGUUGACAUGAUGCUGUUCUUAAACAAAAACAUGUAGCUAAUUAGCAAUAUAUUUAAGGAAAACAAUGAACACGUUGAUAUUGUUUAGAUUUAAAAUCAUAAUUGCAAAUGUUAUGUUCGGUUAUUUGGCAGGUACUCCAGUUAGAGUAUUCUUUGACUUGUUAACAUUAAUGUUCUUGUUUUAAAAGUUAUUUUAGUGAAUGGAAAAAAUUGAGUAUCGGUAUCGAUUUUGGUAUCGACCAAAAUUCAUGGUAUCGGACUGGUAUCGUAUCGAAACCAUAAAAGCUGGUAUCGCCCAUCACUAUUCAAAACUAGUAGAGCUAACCGUGUUUAAAUAAAGUUAUUUCUAAAAUCCUGAAGAUUUAUUAACAAGAUUUUUUCCACUUUACAGAAGAGAACCACUGUCAUCCUAACCCCUGCAGAAAUGCAGGUGUUUGUACCGAGGCCGAUGGCGCCUUUGUCUGUACCUGCAGUGAGGGAUUCAAGGGAGUAAACUGUGAAGGUAAUGGAUACCUCGUGGUAACCGUGUUUAUCAUUAACCGUCUUGCUACUUGAAGUCUAAAGUCCAAUUUUUGCUGCGAUUUCUAGUGACAAUUUCUUCUUCUGAUACAUGUGAACGAGUAGAAGAGUUUAUAUGAAUGUUCUGAGUACGUGUACAGUACCUUCAUAUGUACUGUAUCAUCUGAAGUUGUUUUCUAGCAGGGGGCCAAAUCUUCAAAGCGUUACUUUGCAUAAAAUGCUCAUCAGCAAUACAAUCUCCUCUGCAGAGAUUUCCUAAUGUGUUGUACAGAUUGUAGAUAGCGCCUCAUGAUUCUCCAAUAAAAAUGGCAAUCCAUCAUUGAAAAGCUCAUGGAAAGACUCUACGAAAGUUGCUGUAUAUAAAGGCCUUUAAGGAGAAGCUUAAUUCCUUUCUCUUCAAAUCUUAUAAUAAACCAUACUAAGCCUUUCCUUUUCUUCCAGAACACAACAAAUGCCAGCCAAAUCCCUGUAAAAACGGGGGGUCCUGCACCGAAAUAAACGGAGGUUUUGAAUGUAGUUGUGGAGCCGAGUACAGAGGACCUACAUGUGAUGGUAACUAUCAAAUUUUCAGUUCGGAAAUUAUACUACCCGAUGAUAUUUUAUUUCAGUCAAAACAAAAUUACAACAUAGAUUAAUGGAGGAUUUGAAGACAAGAUUACCGACAGCUUGAGAGACUAGACAUUCAACAUAAAUAAUCUUAAGAAGAGAAUCUUUUGUAGCAUCAAUGAUAAUUGUAUUAUAAAUUCACAAUAUUUAAAGUGGAAGUCAAGUCCGUAAUGUAAGCAAACGGUUUGUUUACAUUUUGAACUGCUGUAUUUUUAAAAUAUGAUGUACUGUCUGAAUAUCCAGCUAACACCAUAUUGGUUCGCUAUGCUUCUAAAUGAAUAUGAAAUAGAGUUCAUGUUCAGGUCCUCACAUUAGAGGGUCCUCACAUUGUUAUGAGCAGAACCGAUGCGCAGAACGGACUUGACUUCCACUUUAACUAUUAUUUUAUGUUUCUCGAUCACCAGAUACAUUUAAAAAGGUUGCUAACAGUGUAAACUACAAAAUAAAGCUAAAAUAAAGUAAUUUUGAGAGGAACGCCAAAAAGAUUUUAGCUUUGGAACACUUCAUUGCAUUGCAUUGCAAAUAUACGCGACAUUCAAAAAAAUUGCCUCUUACUAUGUUUACUCUGUGUUGUUCCUAGAAAUCGAUCACUGUCAUCUCAGUCCAUGUAUGAACGGUGGGACGUGUAUGGGAGGAGAGGGGCCUGCGAUGACCUCAUGUUUAUGUCCUUCCGGUUAUACCGGCAUUCAUUGCGAACGUAAGUAGAAAGCAUUGUUCAUAAAUGUUCUCGAAAAUGCAUAUACCCCAGGUAUAAUGCAGGUGUACUAUAGGAAAAUGGGAUAGCCGUAUAUCCACCGGAUAUUGUUUUCUCAAGCUUUCCAAAAUCUGUAGUUUGUUGAUGUAACGUUUUUAUUUCUAUUAAUUUUGAGGUCUAUAGUAAUGCAUAAUACUUAGUCAGACCAACCUUUUUUUCACAGUUGAAAGUCGUUGUCACACGAGUCCGUGUCGUAAUGGAGGGACAUGUCUGGAUUCUCAGGGAGCAUUUCAAUGCCUCUGUCCUCAAGGUUUCACUGGAGUCAGCUGUGAAGGUAGGAAUGAUAAUUGCAACAUGAAUACAAUGGUACAUGUGUGAAAUGACAACAAGCUCGUAGCAACCUGUUACGAACAGCCUGUAUUAGAGACCUUACGAUUUUAGGACGGCAACGCGAUGGCAACGGCUACCAAUACAAUAGAUCAUUGAAAAGAAUUGAUUAAUUACAAUAUAUGAAUAAUUUAGACAUUGUCCUCGCUCUGUUUACAACGCUAGAUCACAGAUUUUCACGUCUUGAUACAACGGCUGCAUUCCAAGCCACAACAAGUGCAACUUCAAACUGGGUUUAGCAGAAUUCUUCCCAACUAUAAAACCCAUGUCUUCAACUUCUAAAACUGUAUUAAAUUCAUACGAUUGAUAAUAUACGACGAACUAUCUUCACUACCAUUUGUUUGAAGGAGUUUGUUUUGGCCGUCCCCGUCGCGUUCCCGUCCUAAAAUCGUAAGGUCUCUAUUAGUCGUGUUGGAACAACUUGUAGCAAGUUACUGGAAGUCCUGUCCAGUAUAAAUAAAGUUAGUUUGCUCACAUGAUAAUACUGGAUACCUGGUGAGGUAUAUUGAUCCAUUCCUAAGACUGGAUCAAAAUUCAUGGCAGUCCUAGGCCUUGGACUGGAUCAAAAUUAUUUCACCUAACUUUAAGUAGUGAUUUAUUCGUAUGAGAUGUCAUUUCAAAUCCUCCAAUGGACGACUUGCGCUUUAGAAAAAUUUUUAAUCUGGGAAUAACAAAGCAUAUUUUCGGAAAGAAGUUAUCAAAAUUAGAAAAACUGCAAAGUUUGGUUGCGAAAUGUUGUAAAAUACGGAAAAUAUAGCCCUGCGAAGUUGGCAAAUUUGUAUACAUUUCUAUUACGUGCGGAAAUUGGUAACUAAUUUAGUUACCAAUUCACGCACGUAAUAAAAAAGCAUACAAAUUUGCCAACUUUGAAGGGCUAUAUUUUCCGUAUUUUACAACAUUUCGCAACCAAACUUUGUAAUAUUACUAAUUCCAAGACGCUCUUUCUAGCUGGGGUGAUAGAUUUCGUUGUUCUUACUUAGAUUAAAAUUUAGUCUAAAGAGCAAGUCGUCCAUUCCAACUGGACUAGAUUUCAAAUGCUUGCAUUUUAAUCAAAUUGCGAGGACUUGAAAUCUAGUCCAGUCCUCAUAGUCGGAAUUGAAAUAUUACGUCUAGAAAAUGUGUCCAGUAUAAAUAGUCUUUCAGUCGUCUAAUUACAAACAUUUCUCUCCUUCAGCUGUGAUCAACCCAUGUGACUCAGAACCAUGUCUUAAUGAUGGUUCCUGCAUCAACCUGGGACCCAUGGUGUACAAGUGCGCAUGCGCCAGAGGAUUUAGAGGGCGAACAUGCGAAAGUAAGCGAUUUCCAUUCCGAAUUAACACAGCUUUAUUUGACCGUUAAUUUACACAUCAUACCUCAAAGCCCCGUGCAGACGAUCAAGUUUUCCUUGACAAGUUUUAUUUGCUCGUGUAUGCGGUAAAAAAUUGACAAUUUUUCCUUGCCAAAGAGCCUAGCUUGUUCUAAAGCUAGUCAUGACAGCUUUUGGACAAGGAAAAUUUGUUCGUGUGUAUGACCGCCAAGGAAAACUUGACAAAUGUACAAGAAAUACUUCUAUGGUUUUGGCAAACAAAAAGCGACCUUGACGCGAGAAAUAAAUGUUGAAUAACAUCCCGCGACGGUGUACUCAAACAGCAAAACUUGUGAAGGGAAACUUGCUCGUGUUGGCUUAAUAUAGUAUACAUAAGUCGUCUGAAUUACAGAUGCUGUUUUUUAACUGAAUUUUCUUCAUUAACUGUCAAGGAGAUUGUUGAGAAAUGAAAUAAUAUUUUCUUCAUACUUAAUACAUGUACACUCAUCGAAUGGUUUAGGUCAUAAGAAAGUGGGCUCCAUAUUUUUGGACCACGAUCUACAUCUGGUAGGCCCAGGGUAUUCAAAUCAUUUCUUUUUUAACGUAGUGGAGAAAAGAUGUGAGCCAAACCCAUGUCAAAAUGGCGGAUUUUGUCAUGAAAGUUUCACGACUGGUGACUACAGAUGCGAAUGUCCCAAACCUUAUAAAGGAACCAAUUGUGAAGGUGAGUGAUACAAAACUAACUUUAUGUUGUCAUUUCAUCAAGUUACUACAAGGUUGCAUUGUCACUCGUUAACAAGAUGUUGGAACAACUUGUAAGACGUCUAUUGAGUCGAAAAUCUUGUAACAAUCUGUCAACAAGCCUUGACAAUUUGUCAGCAAGCUGAGAACAAGCAAUGCGAACACAUCCUGAUGACAAGUUGUUGAAACAACAUUGCUACAAGUCUGCUGUAGGUUUGUUACAAGUUGUACAUUCUUACGUAUGUAACAUACGUUCCAGAACAUAUGUUCCAGCAAUGGACAUCGGAAUAAUUAUUUUAACCUUUGUUUAUUCAUUCAGAUCACAUCAACGCGUGUGAAGUCAACCAAUGUCUUAACGGAGGAACAUGUACAGCAUCGUAUGGACUUCAAGCAAAAUGUAUUUGCCCUUCCGGCUACAGGGGACCACACUGCGAAGGUUGUUGUUUACUCGUGGUUUUUUAUAUUCACAUUAUAUUCUCAAGUUUUCUUGGCGGAAAGAAAUGAAUGCUUUGCUUGUUCAUACAAUGUAUCUGUAUAUAUCAUAUAAAACGAAUAGCAUUUUGGCAGAAGCUCAGGUCGCCAGAGGCAAUUCAAUUCUUCCCUCCCUUGGGCACCAUGCGACCUUUCAUGUACAAAUUAAAAAGUUGCAGUUAUGAUGUGUAGUAGCAAUCUGACCAAAUACAUGAAAGGUUGGAGGUUGUACGUAGCACUAAGAACUAAGAACAUUUCCUUAGAUGUGAAUGGUAAUUCUCAUAUACUAAUUUGUAUUUGCAGAGGAAGAGCACUGCCGUUCCACAAUAUGUCGCAAUGGUGGUUCGUGUUCCCCGGGUCCUAAUGGCGACAGCUGUACAUGUAUAGCUGGCUUCAGCGGUCCUACCUGUGAAGGUAAGCGUGACCUUAUACCACAUAUUAAUCUGUGAUGUUUGCGCAUGGGAUCGGUGGUAUGCGAAUAUCUCUCCCCCAUCCCACACACAUCACCACCACAUAAAUAUGAAAUUGUAACCCAAUUACCAAAUUUUGGCACACAGGUAUCUGUUUCUGGCUAAGGCCCUAUCCACCACAAAAUAUCUCAAAAAUGUGCAUCAGUUGUGAACAAAAUGUCAAAGCAGUAUAAUACUGUAAUUGUAAUUCUACGUUUAAGAAUCGACAACUGGCCUCUGUAGCUCAGUUGACAAGGCCGUCUGACAAAAUGUCCGAUGACUGUGAGUUUGGGUCGGACAUGUGUAUUAUGAUGUCCGAUGACCUUCAGUUUAGUUUGGCUCGGAAAUAAUUCUGAAUGACACAAAUUAAUAUCAGCACAAUGUAUUAAUUCUGAACGGUGAAUGUUGUGAAAAUAUUAAAUAAUUUGCGUCAUUCAUACCUACAGUAUGUCCAAGCCAAAUUAACUUGCUUGCCAAAAACAGCAGUACGACUUUGUCAACUUAAGCAAUAAGCCCGUUUCCGACUUCACAUUUUCCAUUUAACAUAGUUGAGCCUCUAGUCCUGGACUAGGGUACACUUUGAUUUACGUUGGACAAAGCUACCGUUCGAUAGGACACCAAUACACUCGGGUCGGACAAACAAUAAACUUCGGCUUCAUUUAGGUCGGACAGAAUGUCCGGUGGUUUCCUCUCUACGUCAGACAAUUUCACGAAUGGGUCGGACAAUGUCCGUGACCGACCGAUAUUUUAAGGCCUGAGAGCGCUGCACCGGAAUCCCAGGUUCGAUCCCUGCCAGGCCCUACAGUUGCAUUUUUCACAGCCACUGUUCCUGGUUAGAUCUAAUAAAUGUAUAUAAAUGCACACUCAAUAAACCUUUUAACUAAUAUAAACAGAAACACCCAGCCAGCUGAGCCUAUCAACAUGACAGUUGUGUAUAAUUUAUACAAUAUAUAUAUUUCUCGUCUCUCUAGUUCGUUCAAAAUGUCAUCCUAACCCGUGUAUGAAUGCUGGAACAUGUUUUGAAAAUGACGUCGAGUUCACGUGCACAUGUCCAAACGGCUUCAAGGGGAAAACGUGCGAAGGUAGGGUUGCAGGAUAGCUAGAAUUUUAGAGGUUAGGCAUGUUCAUUUCAACACAUAAUUUUUCAUGGCACAUCUUUCUUCUCAUGUAUGGAAUACUGCUGGCAAAACCUUGCUGACAAUUUUUUUUUUCAGCUCAAGAUAAAUGUCACCCGAACCCAUGUCACCACGAUGGAAAAUGUGAAACAGAAGGAUUAGACUAUGUCUGUACCUGCCCAGGCGGGUGGAAUGGCGAUACCUGUGAAGGUAAGGCUAACCUGAAUCCAAGCUUAACUUGUUUGGUCCUGUUUCCAAAUGGAUGUUUCCAGUUAUAGACAAAAUUUUGAUCUGGGCAAGAAGAACGAAAGUUUACCAUAGUUGCAAAGAGCAUCUAUUCUUAAAAUGAGUAAAAUUGCAAAGUUUGGUUGCGAAUUGUUGUAAAAUGAGGAAAGCAUAGCCCUGUGAAGUUCACAAAUAACCAUUUUUGCCUCAAAAAUUAUCUUUAUCGCGCGUAAUACAAAAAUAAUAAUACAAAAUUUGUGAACUUCACAGGGCUAUAUUUUCUUCAUUUUACAACAUUUAGCAAACCAAUCGUUUCAGUUUUACUCAUUCUACGACGCCCUUUCUAGCUGUGGUGAUGGAUUUCGUUCUUCUUGCCUUGACCAAUAUUUAGUCCAUAGCUGGAAUCACCCAUUGUGAGAGACAAAGUUGGAUUUGAACACAAAUUUUUGUUGUGUUCGCACACUUGGGUGACAUCCAUAAUAGCUGGGAUCUAGGUUCUCGCUAGGAUCUACAGUGUAUGUUCUCGCUAGGAUCUACAGUGUAUGUUCUCGCUAGGAUCUACAGUGUAUGUUCUCGCUAGGAUCUACAGUGUAUGUUCUCGCUAGGAUCUACAGUGUAUGUUCUCGCUAGGAUCUACAGUGUAUGUUCUCGCUAGGAUCUACAGUGUAUGUUCUCGCUAGGAUCUACAGUGUAUGUUCUCGCUAGGAUCUACAGUGUAUGUUCUCGCUAGGAUCUACAGUGUAUGUUCUCGCUAGGAUCUACAGUGUAUGUUCUCGCUAGGAUCUACAGUGUAUGUUCUCGCUAGGAUCUACAGUGUAUGUUCUCGCUAGGAUCUACAGUGUAUGUUCUCGCUAGGAUCUACAGUGUAUGUUCUCGCUAGGAUCUACAGUGUAUGUUCUCGCUAGGAUCUACAGUGUAUGUUCUCGCUAGGAUCUACAGUGUAUGUUCUCGCUAGGAUCUACAGUGUAUGUUCUCGCUAGGAUCUACAGUGUAGGUUCUCGCUAGGAUCUACAGUGUAUGUUCUCGCUAGGAUCUACAGUGUAUGUUCUCGCUAGGAUCUACAGUGUAUGUUCUCGCUAGGAUCUACAGUGUAUGUUUUCGCUAGGAUCUACAGUGUAUGUUCUCGCUAGGAUCUACAGUGUAUGUUCUCGCUAGGAUCUAUAGUGUAUGUUCUCGCUAGGAUCUGCAGUGUAUGUUCUCGCAAGGUCCGAUUGUACAGGGUGUUAGCCAGAAAAAAAGUUUUGUCCGUUAAACGUAAAUUGGGAAAGUUUUCUGACCAAUCAAAAUUUAUUCCUUGUGUAGGAAUAAAUAGUGUUUUUUUUCAACAUGUUUCUCCUUAGAUGCAAACAACGGUAGCUUGGUUUUGUACAUUUCAUUAAAAACUAAGCUACCGUUUUAGCUAGAGGGGCGUCGCUAGCCCUGUUUCAAUGAAGGGGGAGGAGUUUUAAGUGCAUUUUUGCAGACUCAUCUCAACCACUAAUUAAUAUUAAUAUUUCUUUUCCCAAAAUUGUUGGCGAACCGGGGGGGGGAAUGUUUUCUUAGUUUGAAUGAACACUGAAAAUGCACCCAAUGCCGAUGGCACUUCAUUUUGUAUAUUUCAUUUCCGGUGAAUGAACACAGAUGCACACCGAUCACACUUGUUUUGUACAUUUCAUUUCAGUGAAUACACACCCAAUAUGAAUGAAACGCGAUACAUUUUGAGAAAAUAGUUAAUGAAUAAUUGGAAAAAGUAAUUAAAAUAAAACGUUCUUUGAUAUAAUAAUAUAAAAUCAAACGCAAUGCAUUUUCUCAUUAGAAAAAAUGAAAAUCUUCCAGUAGACCCAGUUGGGAAAGCCCCUUAGCUACUUCAAUUGGGAAGAGUCCAUCAAACACCCAGUUGUAUUACCUUGAUCAUUUAUACAAUUUUCUCUGGAAACAGGAAAAGUUAUUUAUGAUAAAUAUAAUUAACAACCAUAAUUAACAAUUAAUAACCAUAAUGAACAAUUAAUGAUUAUUGAUUAACAAUUAACUUAUACUAAUGAUUAACAAUUAAUACUAACCAUAAUUAAACAGACAAGGAUCGUUGCCGUCCUAACCCAUGUGACCAUGGUGGGAUCUGCCUAUCGAGAAACAAUAAUUAUGUUUGUCAUUGUUCUGCUGAUUGGAUGGGGCAUAACUGUCAAAGUAAGAAUAAUAAUUGAAUCAAAUACGCUACUAAUUAUAUUAAACACUAACUAUAAAUAUUAGUAUGAUUUCAGUAUUGAAAAUGUUCUUUGAGCAUUCUGUGGCUCCCUCAGCAGUAUUAAACUCUGAGGCAAUAGUUUAUAGUUACUGCUCAGAGCCUCAGACUGGUCUAAGCAGUAACUAUUGCUUUUCAAAAUUAUAUUCAUAAAAUAUAAAACACGUGUAUUUUUUAAUUGUAUUUAUAAAAUUAUUAAACAUCACAAGACCUCGCGUGUGAAAUUUUAGUUUCAAAACCAUUCAACUUAUAACAACAUUUUUCAUCGUAGAUACGGCAAUUACGACACAAAUCCUCGGCAAUUAGCAAAAACAUACCUUGUUUAAACUAAUUCAUCGAAUUUAUCGGGUAUUUAAAGUUUAAAUGGCCUUCAAAAGUAACAAAAAGUAAAAUUCAAAAUUUUAAAUUCCCCGCCAUAAAGCGCCAUCUUGAUUCUCAAACGAUUCCCGCAUUCAUUGUUGGGUGAAUGAGGGACAUUUUGGAAUAGCAUAGGGUGACCGAGGGUGACAGAAGGUGUAUUGCCACUGAUCUCAAAAUUAUAACUGGAUUAUUCAUACAUUCUUUUUCUUUUUUUUUUUUUACAAGAUUCGUCAAACAUAACAGACUUAAAUAAGACUAAUACUUUACAAAAUUUACAUACAAUUUUGGCAGGGACUAGCCAUAGCCUGCGAACAAGCUCUCAAGCUGAAUUGAGAGCCUGCAUCGAUGACUAAUGAAUUUGAAUAUCUGCCCCGUAACGUUCGUUUUUCCAAAUAUGGAAUGUCUAUCCUUAUAUGGUGUUGUUUACAACUUUCGUGCAAACUAAAUUUAGACCGUGCAACCUAAAUUUAGACCGUACAGUUUAUACUGUUUUUCGAAAUAUAAGAUAUUCAAGCAAAAGUUCAAAUGUUUUAAAUACUGUUUUCUCAAAACAGAACAUUUCGUGCUUUGAGAAAGAUGGCCAAGACCAAUUUGAUCAGUUAAUGUGUUUUUUAUGCAUAGUGCUUCAGCAGUUGACAUAUAUAGAGCUCAGCGGAGACAUAUAAAUUAUAGCAUCUGACCAAUGAGAAUUUCGCGUCACGAUUUGAGACGCAGAUAUUCAAAUUCAUUAGUCAUCGAUGCAGGCUCUCAAUUCAGCUUGAGAGCCAGUUCGCAGGCUAGGACUAGCCACAGAGAUAAUCUCCAAUUAUGGGGCCCCUUACAAUAAGUUACAAUAAGUAACUACAUUCGUUUCAUUUUCUAAAUUUUCUUGCUAUUUAAAAUGUCAAAACCUGCGCUCUUUGACACACUUAUCCACUUAUUUUGUGAGUACAAGACAUGGUCAGCUCCCUCACACCUCUGGGAUAUUUUUUACAAUUGAAAAGCCGCGGAUUAUUAGUAUCUAACUUUACUGUUAUUUUAGUUUCAGCAUUCAACAACAUGGCUGCUGACGCACCUUCAGGAGGUUCUUGUGCAACAACGAGAUGGGGCUGCUGCCCAGAUGGAAAAACACCCGCGCAGGGACACGCACAGGCAGGCUGUCCAGGUACCACCUUUUGCAUAUGCAAAGCAGGCGCUCGCGGGCUUUGCAGGCUACUAGUUGCAUAACGUAACAAAUAUGUCACAAACAUGAGUGGAUGGCAUGGAGAACAGUGUGAUUUUCAAACAAUGAAAAGACAAUAGAACAUUCAGUUCACUGGAUCAUGACUGCAUUGCAUGGCGAAGAGCAGGGCCGCCGAGAGGUUGGCGGGGGCCGAGGGCAAAUUUUUUUGGGGGGCCCCUAUCCAAAAAAUUUUCCCGGAGAACAACCUCCCCCCCUAUCCAAAAAAUUUUCGGUCAGUGUACCAUUUCAGGGGUACAUUUUUUCCGGAGUAAAAAAUUUUUCCGGGCGAAUGCCAAAUUUCUGUACUUAGCCCAAGAAAACAGAUAUCUUGUCCUUUGCGCGGAAAUAUUUAACACACAAAAAAGACUGGGGCCCAACAAAAUUGAAUGGACGAUAUAGAAAACAAUGGAACAUUCUGAUCACUGGGACGCAGUGCGAUUUUCAAAACAAUGAAAAGACAAUAGAACAUUCUGAUCACUGGAAAAACAAUGAAAAGACAAUGAGACUGGGUGGCAUAUUAGUAUUAUGAUGCUAUUAUAAUACUGUUUGUUUGCAGUGAUGUCAUUACUCCGUAGGGUCAAAAAACCAUCUCAUUUUCGUAUGCAAGCAUCACAUAAUCUGAGAUCAUGUGAUGUUUGAUUUUUUUAUCGGUAUGCAUUUUCCAUCCAUAUCCAAAUAUAAACUUCAUAAAGCAAAAUGUAAACAUAACACGAUCUGAAAUAACAUAGAACAUUAGAAGCAUUUAGUCAUUCCAAUUUUAAACAGUUUAUUCUUUCUUUCUUUUCAGAGCGAUUCAAGAAAAGGUAAAAUCCCUGGUUAUUCGUAUUUAUUAGUAUUAUUGAAAACUCGUUACUUGUGAGCGAUUUAAUUAAGCCUAUCAAGGCACAAAUAUAAUAAUUCCCUCCAUUGUUUUCAGGUCGAAAGUGCCCAAGAAUGUCUAAACUUCGUGACUUCCCAAUGAGCUGAAGCCUAAACUAAACAACAGUACUACGAAGACCCGAGCUCGUUUAUUGGCUGAACAAUUUUAUAAAGAUACCGUUAAAGGAAUACCAAAUGGUUUUCCGUGCAGAAUAACGUCAUCUAUCCACGCGAAAUGUUGUGAGAUUUUCGGAAAGUUGAGCAACAUCCCAAGUGCAUCCAUGGAUGACGCUAUCCUGCACGGAAAUGAACUGAUAAACCAAUCAACAGUCAGCCGAAGCACCAAUCAGACGCUCGAGUCGAAUACAACAACAACGCAGAAAAUAGCGCGAAAAUUUCAAUUCGAAGAAUCUAGUCGAAAGCUCAUAUAUGUAGUUAUGUAAACGGUUAUACAUAAAUGCUGCAUGCGAAUUUCAAAGUCUAUAUCUAACUAUAUAUAAUUACAAUAGAUGUUCUUGAGGCCAUGCAAAUUAUAAAUAAAGGCCAAAUAUGUACUAUCUAGCGUGAAGUCUACGGAGGCAAAAGAACCGCUUGUCCGGUUUCAAGGGACCGCUCGCAGGCUUCGACAAUCUCGCUCGCAAGCAGGGUGGAUUCCUUUGUUAUUUCUGUCGUGCAUUUUCCUUGAAUUACAUCUACGAAAUGAUCUAAAGCUUUGAUAUAGGAUUCGGCGUAUCUGUCUGGGAAAGAGUGAUAUAUCCGCCCCGUCGAUGAGCCGUUCUGCCCGGAGAACUCGACGUUCGAAGGCUUAUAAUUGUGUUGAACUAGCAUUCCUUUAUCGCCAAAAACUUCGAAUCUCUGAUCGUAACCGAAGCAAGCGAAUCUAGAGAUAUCAAUGAGGCCAAUUCCUCCGCUUGGAAAUUUCAGAACAAUCGCUAAAGUGUCAACGUCGUUCAUGGCCUCGAUUUCUUUAAUAAAGCUAUGAGCCGUCGUGUAUACGCUCAGCGGUCUCUCCCCGUAGAUCCACGUCAGCACGUCGAGGUCGUGAACUGCGCAGUCGUGGUAGAUUCCAUUCGAUAUCUUAAGGUACUCCAAUGGCGGUAACGGCGAGUCUCGGCUUGUUAGUUUUGCCAUCUGAACUUGCCCGACUUCGCCCGAUUUUGUUCGCG